AUGUCCCUCAGCCGUCCUUGUUUCAUCUCGCGCGGCUCGUUCGCACUGCGCAGAGAACGCGUGAAGCUACCAUAUCGCGGAAUCGCAACGAGAGUAGUUUCGUUACUUGCACGGCCUGACGGUCAACCCCUCUCUUCCGCUACGGCGUCCGCGGCAAGGGGUCGUUCCGCCGUGUCUCGGAGCGCCAGCCUGCCUGGCAUGGCCGGACCAGCCGAGCAGCGGCAAUCCCCCGCUGUAACCGCAGCUGCAGCCGCCGCGACGGCGGCGACAUCGCCAGUGCCGUCGCUGGAGGAGCUGCGUGCGACGGUGGAGGAGCGCGCGGGCGUGCCACUGGGUCAGCGCGAGCGGCUGUCGAAGGCAGCGCAGCGGCUGUUCGGCGCGGCGGAGAGCGACGUGCGCGUGACGCUGUACCGCGACAACUCCGCGUGGUGCCCGUACUGCGAGCGCGUGUGGCUGCAACUGGAGGAAAAGCAGAUCCCCUACGCGGUGGAGAAGAUCAACAUGCGGUGCUACGGCCCCAAGCCCGAUUGGUUCAUGCAGAUGGUGCCCUCGGGCCUGCUGCCCGUGCUCAAGCUGGACGGCAGGGUGAUAACAGAGUCCCUAGACAUCAUGUUUGCUAUAGAGCGCGCCUUCCCCUCGCACAAGCCCCUGCUGCCGCCACCCUCCGACCGUGCGGCCACGCAGCGGGUGGAGCGGCUGCUGCGCCUGGAGAGGCAGCUGGCGGGCGCGUGGCUGCAGUGGUCGCGCAUGGGGGACAGCGCGGGGGGGCUCAUGGGGGGAAUGUUCAGGCGCGGAGGCGGAGGGGGGAUGGGCGCGGGGCAGCGCAUGUUUGAGGAGGCGCUGGAUGCCGUGGAUGCAGCACUGCUGGAGGGCGGUGGCCCACUGUUCAUGGGCGACCAGUUCUCCAUGGUGGACGCGGUGUAUGCGCCAUUCCUGGAGCGCACAGCAGCCAGCAUCCCCUUCUGGAAGGGCCUCACAGUGCGUGGCAACACGCGCUGGCCCGUGCUCAACGCCUGGUUCACAGCCAUGGACGCCCGCCCGCCGUAUCUCGCCAUGAAGUCCGAUGACUUCACCAUCACCCACACCCUUGAGCCGCAGAUCGGCCCCGUUGUUCUCGCCGACGCAGGGGCUGCACACCGUGAUUAUAUUGAGGGGCGGGACGGGACUGGUGCGUGGGAUUUGCCGUUACAGCCGGAGGUGACUGCGUGGGGGGAGGACGAUGGGACAGGCGGGGCGGGGCGGCAGGCACAGCAGGAGGCAGUGGAGUCGAUUAUUCUCAACCAUGAGUUGUUGGUGUCUUUCUGCCUGCGCGCCUUGCGGGAUCAGUCCUUUCCUGGUCAACGGGUCACGCUGGUUGGAGGACGGCCCCGGCUGCAGCCGCCUUCUGAUGCUGAGCUGGAGGCAGCGAGGGAGCGGCUGGCGCCAGCUGUCAGCGAGGCCCUGCGCCACGUGGCGCAUGCUCUGCUGGAAGGCACAGAGGCGGUAGGGGCAGCAGUGCCAGCAGGGCUGCUUGGGGCGUUGAGCGGAGAGGAGCAGGAGGAGGUGGCAGUGUGUGUGGCUUAUCUGAGGGACAGGGUGGGAGUGCCAAGGGACCUCACUUACCCUGCUGCAAGGCAGCUGAGGGCGCACCUGCAGUGGAUGGUACGGCUGCUGGGCUCCAAGGUGUAG